UGAACUUUGCGAGAAAGAAGUAGUUCCGUCGUCACUACGGAUUCAUCAUCAUUUUCGAUCUGGAAGUCAUCCGAUGACAUCAACCUCAAAUUAUUUUAUGUGCACUACGUACUUCAAAAGCUUUUAAUAUUUCAAACACAUUUACCCAAUUAAACUUUAAUACUAGACAAGUGAUAAUAAAAACCAGGAGUUAGUGACAUUCUCAGUCAGUAUGGGAAACCCUUCAGUUUUCUCUGCAACACGGGGAUGCUGUGCCCCAGUUCCUUAUUUCAUCUUCAAAUUGUUAUUGUUCACGACCCUUGGGUUUCAAAUAAUCAAUCGCUCUUCAUCGUACGUGACGACUUCUCAUAUUUUGUCAGUGGGGGACAAAUGCGACAUUGUGAACAGUGAGACGAGUUAUUCAAACGGAAAUCGUGAAAUGGAUAUUAUCAACGGAACUAUUUUUGGUCUUGAUCCCCCCAUUUGCGAUCCAUCUAUGCCGCUGGAGUGUAGCAGUUCGGGCCGAUGUCAAUGCAGAAGAGGAUUCACAAUCAGCCGAAAUGGAACGGAAUGUUUAGAAAUUGCCAGAAAUGGAUUAGAUUCCCUGUGCGUUGAGAGUAUCCAGUGCUGGAAAGGAUUGCUGGGAAGGUUGUCAGAAUGUCGGAGAGAUAGUGGCAGAUGCCGAUGCUACGAAUCGGAAACAUUGCCGAUUGUCUUUCAUCAAGGAAGAUGCUACUACGGUGAAAGUCUAGGGGAUUUUUGCCAAAUUGACGGAUUAUGUGAAGCUACUACACCCAAUGCCGAAUGCAGAACAACUUGCCAAUGCAAAGAAGGGUUUAUUCCAUCCUGGGACAAAUCUAAAUGUUUAAAGAUAGCAGUAGACGGAUUAAAUUCUAGUUGUGAGGAGAACGGUCAGUGUGAACGAAGCAGUCUAGGAACUCUUUCAGAAUGUUAUCACAAUCAGUGUCAGUGUUAUCAGAUACCAAUGGUGCCCACGGUUUUCUACGCAGAACGUUGCUACUUCGGAGCAGCUCUGGGUGAUGUUUGCCAAGUUAGCCCGCAAUGCACGGCAAAAACAGAGUACUCAACUUGUGGUAGAAAUGGCAAAUGUGGUUGCAUUGACGGAUACGUCCCAAACGGAAAUCAGUCAUUAUGCCUUCAAAUUCCAUCUGCAGACGGGUCAUCUUCGUCCCCUGGGUCGUCCGACUGUGUCGAGGACAUUCAGUGCACGAAGGCACUGGGACAUUUUGCCAGAUGCAAUAUGUUGAAACGAAGAUGCGAAUGUUUUGUUCCGCAUGAGACACAUGGAAGUGGACGGAGGGAAAAUGAGACAACCACAUUUCCAUCAUCGACGACCACCGAAUUCCGAGAUCACUACCACGAUGAAUCCGUCACCUCCAUGGUCAUUAUCGGGAGUAAAUGUCACUCUGCCAAACAAUUGGGACAAUCAUGCAAAUUUAACAAGCAAUGCUCUGCCACGACGGGGAACUCGGUUUGUUACAAUGGCUUGUGUGAAUGUCGAGAGGAGAGUCAUGUUCCAAGUAUGGAUGGAAGAAAAUGCCUGGAAAUCGCAAGUGGAAUGGAUCAAUAUUGCGAUGAAGAUGGUCAAUGUACACGAAGUUUGGGCCAGUUAUCAAGGUGCAACGCGGAGACGAAAAAAUGUGAAUGUUCGAAUAUUCUUCCAGUCGUUUAUUACGACAAGAAAUGCUAUUUCCAUCGCCAACUGGGUUCACCCUGUGUAUCGGAUGCGGAAUGUAAAGCUGGUGGAAACUCUUUUGCGGAAUGUUUUCAUGGAAGAUGUCGAUGCACCAAUGGAACGGAACCCUUUACAGAUCAUUCCUGCCUCCAUUCGUCAAGUAGAUCCAGUUCGCUAGUUUUGAGGAACUUGCUACCAAUAAAUCUAGGAAUCGCUUCACUAAUUGCGGUUUCAUGCAAGCAAAUCUUCCAGUAAUAAAUUGCAUAGCGAUAAUUGUGCAUUUCUGCAGUUUUUAGAGUUUCGUUUCACCAAGUUGUUCGAGAGACCAAUAAUUCAGCUAUACAUGGGUUGAAAUGAUUAAUUAAUUACUUAUGCAAUAGCGUAGUAAAAUAUCUUUUGUUAAUCUAUGCUAUUCUAUAGUAUGGAUAUAUGUAUGUACACAUAAUGUUGUACCACAACCCACUCUUGGAUUCAGUAUUAUCAACUAGAUCCAUAAUAUAUGACUUGUUGUGGUAUUUAGUUUCAUCAUCACGUGCACUUAUGUGCAGAUAAAAUAGAUAAAACUAAUGGUCCGUGUCUUUGAAAUGCCUGGAAGGAUUGUCUAUGUAUUUAGAACGUUGAAGCGAAAUGCAAGAGUUUAUUCAGAUUUUCUCGAAAUGCUACAUGCGUGCACUGCCAUUAUGAUUAUGAAGAUCAUCAGCACUCGAAUCUAUCCAUCUCCCCACUUCACCCAAAGCAAAUUAACAUUAUGCGUAUUUAUAUUGACCUAUAAACGAGAAAUAAUGUUUAUGGGAUGUGCCACUGCUGCCUUAUUAUACUCGACCUACCAUUUUAUCACGUGCCUCGUUCAAAUUAAUCUGUCCUUAAAGUACCAUCAUGACACAUAGUUUGGCCAAAUAUAAUCCGCACUCUUUUUUCAUGUAGACGUUUUUCAGACUUUAACACCUAAUUAAAAUUUAAAAUGUCGUAGAGCCGUCCAUUUUGACUCUACGUUUCUUCCUUUGUCCAUAACUAUUGUUCAUCAUUUAUGAAGUUCAUAAAAUACAAACGAGUGGUUCAUAUUUAUUAUAAACCACUAAGGAAGCCUGAGUCAGGGCUUUUGGCUAUGUGUCCGUCUGCGACACGCAAGCAAACCACUGAACAGAUUUUGACCAACUUGGUGUUAAAAUGCGUAUCUUAACAAGCCUUGGAUGAGUUCGAAGAUAAGUGGGUGAGGUAUUCCGCACCAAAAUUUCAGAGUAGUGCUGUAAAUAUUUCUAGAAAUUUUGGUAGGAGUCAAAAUGGUUUUUUAAAUUAGUCGGAAAAGCAAAGGAUUUUGCAUGCUUGAAGUUUUACGAAUACUACCGGCAUUUAUACUUAUUAUGUAUGUAUAAGGAAUGAUAUUACCCAUAUUGUUGAAUCUCAAACCGCAAUUUGGAGCCAUAAGAUAGAAAGGGACUUUGCCCUAUAGAAGUAGAAGGGGACUUUGAUCUUGACUCGGGCUAAAUGAACAAUAACCUAUGUAUCAUAGGAUAGGUUAUUUCUUAUAAUAUUCUAUGUUCAUUCAUAAUUAAGUCAAUUUAUGCAAUAAAUAUUUGGUACUUACAAGCACGA